GUUAAUGACAAUUUUUAACACAGUUGAUAACAAAUUUAAUUGUCAUUUUUGCUAAAUAUCCCUUGUAAGGACUCUAGGGUUUAACCUUGGAAAAACAAGAAGAAGAUAAAAUAAAAUAAAAUAAUUUUUCCCUCCUUUUAUUAUUUUUCAUUUCCCUCUCCGUUCCAUCAUUUUUUUUGGCCUCAACGCCUUUCGAAUUUAGGGUUCUGAAUAAUUAUCUGACUCCUCAGAGUUAAAAAUUUCGUUUCGUCUUCUCGAGCACUCGGAGCUUCUUCUAGGCUUAAAUCCUCUCAGUCCACCACGCUCUCAACCCUCAUUUGAAUCGUAUUUGCGAUGAAGGAUCACAGUUCUUGUCUCUGAAGUGGGACUCUAGAAAUUUUCAGCUCCUUUACUAUCCUUAGCUUGAUUUUGAGAGGUUUAUUAUGGAUUGCAACAAAGAAGAGGCUACAAGGGCGAUGAAUGUAGCAGAGGAAAAGAUGAGGUGUGGUGAUUUCGUUGGAGCUCAGAAACUGGUAAUGAAGGCUCAGAGACUCUUCCCCGAACUGGAAAACGUACAGAAGCUGUUAGCCGUGUGUGAUGUGCAUUCCUCUGCUGAUAAGAAAAUUAAAGGGCUUGACGAUUGGUAUGGUAUCCUUCAGGUUCAGCCUUCUGCUGAUUCCGACACUAUCAAGAAGCAGUAUAGGAAGCUUUGUCUGCUUCUGCAUCCGGAUAAGAACAAGUUUCCUGGUGCGGAAGCUGCUUUCAAGUUUGUUGGGGAGGCAAACAGGUGGCUCUCUGAUCAGAUCAAACGGUCUCAGUAUGAUGUUAGAUACAGAUCACAUUCGCUGUUUGCUAGCAGGGAGUCGAAUGCAAACUCUCUUCGCAGCGCCUCCUCAUCUGUAAAUACUGCGGCAGUGAAUAUUGCGAGUGGGUUAACGUUUUGGACGUGUUGCAGAAACUGUGGCCACAGGUAUAAAUACUUGAAGGUUUAUGUGAACCAAGUUAUGCGCUGUUCCUCUUGCCAGAAAUCUUACACUGCCUGCAACAUCGGGUCUGAUGAGGUGCCAUUUGGUAGUUCAACCGCUGAUGCAAAUCAAGAGAUGAAUAACACAUCUCGGCAGCAUCCUUGUACAGGAGCAGAAUCAGGAAGUUCAUCAGCUGCGAAGGCUAAGAAUGAGACAGUCGGAAAGAAAAUCAACAAGAGGAGUCAGAAAAAACAGAAAAGAGAGGCUGGUGACAAGAAACCCAAGAAAGAUGAGGGUUGCACAGAGAGUGAAGCUGAAGGAGGAAGACCCGGGAAAGGUGAGAGAGUUUCCAAUAAUUCUGUGGAAGUACCUAAACCUGAUGUAUUGAAGCCGCAGCCUGAAGUAAAAGAACCCGAGACUAGUGCAGCAGCUGAGAUGAAUAAGAAUGGGACAGUCGGAAAGAAACUCAACAAGAGGAGUCAGAAAAAACAGAAAAGAGAGGCUGGUGACAAGAAACCCAAGAAAAAUGAGGGUUGUACAGAGAGUGAAGCUGAAGGAGGAAGACCCCAUAAAGGUGAGACAGUUACCAAUAAUUCUGUGGAAGUACCUAAACCUGAUGUAUUGAAGCCGCAGCCUGAAGUAAAAGAACCUGAGACUAGUGCAGCAGCUGAGAUGAAUAAGAAUGGGACAGUCAGAGGGAAACUCAACAAGAGGAAUCAGAAACGAGUUGCUGGUGACAAGAAACCCGAGAAAGAUGAGGGUUGUAUAGAGAAUGACGCUGAAGCAGGAAGACCCCAGAUAGGUGCUGAAAUACCUAAACCUGAUAUUCUGAAGCCCCAGCCUGAAGAAAAAGAACCGCAGAAUAGUGCUGGAAAGUCAAUGCCUGAUUUAUCAGCUCCAAAGACGAAACAGACAGCCAGAAAGAAGAGAAAAUCUGUUGAGGAAUCCUCUAUGAGUUUUGAAGUUGAUGGCUCUGAUGCUGCUGUGGAUAAAACAGACACGGAUGAAUCUAAUAAGAGGAAGCCGCAGGUUUCUUAUGCAGAGAAGAGACGCAAUAGUGAUUCUGUAAUCCCUCCGACAAAAAAGACAAAAUCAGGCUGUGAAGUUGAUGAGUCUGAUGUUAAUACAAAGCAGACGGAUGAGGAUAAUACGUCACUGGAACCUGCUGAAAAAGGAAAAGCCAAAGAAAGUGAAAAUUCUGGAAAUAACAAUAUCUUCUCAGGUAAAAACAAAGAGAGUGAAGGCUGUGAUCGUAAUGGAGAAGACGCAGCUUUGUCGAGCAAGAUGAGUGAAGUUGAAAAUGGACACAACAAAGCUGAUGAAAACCGUAAUACGCUGGAAAUACCUGAUCCAGAAUUUAAUGUGUUUGAAGAUGAACGGAGACCAGAAAAUUUUGCUGUCAAUCAAGUCUGGUCUACCUGUGAUUCAAGAGAUGGUAUGCCACGGAGAUAUGCUCGGGUAAGGAAAGUGCUGUCUUCCGAUUUCAAGCUGCGAGUUACCUACCUAAAGCCUGUUCAGGAAAAUAAUGAUGAAAGCAUUCCAGUUACAUGGGGAAAGUUCAAUAAUGGAGAAACAAAGGAUGUCGAGAACCGCUCAAUUUUUUCAGGUCAGAUGCUUCACUCGGUCUGCAACAGGGUUGUUUCUAUAUAUCCAAGGAAAGGAGAAAUUUGGGCUAUGUUCAGUGACUGGGAUGAGGAAUCGAGCACUCUAGAGAACCACGAAUUGCCGUAUAAGUAUGACGUCGUGGAAAUUGUGAACGAUUUUAAGGAAGAGGCUGGUAUUGGAGCGGCUUAUUUGGGAAAAGUUAAAGGGUUUGUUUCCCUUUUUCAGCGGGAGGCUAAGAAUACAGUGUGUCAGGUUCAGUUAGCUCCAGAACGGAUGCUUAGAUUUUCUCACAAAGUUCCAGCCGUCAAAAUGACUGGAACGGAGAAAGAAGGUGUUCCAGCUGGCUCAUAUGAACUGGACCCGACUGCACUGCCAAAAGAUAUAUUUCAGGUUGAAGAGGUUAAUGUGGAGAUGGACAGUGAGACAAUGAAAGGAAAAGCUGAUAGCCCUUAUCCUGAAGCUCCAGAGAUUGGAAUGAAGACCAAGCCUGUUCCAGAGAUCUUUCCGUCUCCUCCAAGGAAACGUCAAAAAUCUGACGAUGAUGGCGGAUGCAGUAACCGUGAUAAGAUUUGUUCAACAUCUGUGUCAAUUGGGGAAGCUGAAGGCGAAGCCAGCAGAACCAAUGAUUCUUCUUCUUGCCAAGCUAAUAAAAAGAGCGUGCCGAACUGGUCUAGAAAGAAUGGGGAGGCGUCUGAUGCCUUCAAGCUGCGCAAAUCUCCUCGUCUUCAAACAACUCCAAGCCAACAAGUAGAGGAGACGAAGAGUGCUAAACAAGGCGAUAAGAUGAAAACCCCAAAGACAACUGAUAAGGGUCUUGUGACAGAUUCUUUGGGAAUAAACGAAUCGUCCAAAGGCAUACAGCAACGGGUAGAAAGUCAGGUAGGAGAAGGCUCGAAGAAAAGAGGACGCGAUGGUGAAUUACCGUCUAGCUCUAAGCAGAAUGAUUUGCUAGCUCAGUUGGAUGGUUCUACUAACAAGCUCCUUGAGACAACUCCUGCGUCAUCAAGUUGCAAAACGCCGCAAAGAAAUGCCUUCGACUUCAAUAACGAGAGAUCUGUGGACAAAUUCCGACGUGAUCAGACAUGGGCUAUUUAUAGCGAUGACAAAGGAAUGCCCACAGAGUACGUGAAGAUCAAGAAAGUGGAAAUCAAGCCUGAACUCGUGUUACACGUAGCCCAUAUGGAGCUGUGUCCGCCAUCGACAGAACCUGUAACCCGCUCCGUGUCAUGUGGGGAGUUCAGAAUGGAAACCGGGAAACCCAAAACCCUUCCUCUAACGAGGUUCUCACAUCGUGUCAAACCUUUUGACAGUAAGCAGAAGAUAGUCAAAGUAUACCCAAGGAAAGGUGACAUCUGGGCUCUCCGUAAGAGCUGUGAUAGCACCGAAGAAGAGCAUGAUAUUGUAGAAGUGGUGGAAGGUUACUGUGAAGGGAAGAGCAUAAAGGCGAUGGCUUUGACUGCUAAAGGCUUCAGUUCUAUAUACACAAGGAAGCAUGGGUCACAUGUGAGUUCGUUAGUGAUUCCAAAGGCGGAAAUGAGUAGGUUUUCUCAUCAGGUUCCGGCUGUCAAACAGGAGAAGAGAGCAACAAGGCUAGCUGAAGGAGGAUACUGGGAGCUUGACCCUGCAGCCAUUCCACCUCCCACCACCAUAGUCAUAGACUGACCCCAGUUCCGCAACUAGGCGUUCUGUUUCUUAUAUCAAUACUAUGUGUAGGCAAGUGUUAUUUCAGUAAAGUUAAGCUUAAAGUUUGGUGAUUGUCAAGAAGAGCAUCAGAUUAUAGUACUGCCUUUGGUUGGGGAGAUAUCUUAUGAGUUAUGACUUGUUUGCAGACUGUUUCUCUGUUAGUAUUAUCUCAUCUCUUUCUCUGUGCA